GCGCGUAGCGCUCCAGCUCGGCGGUGCAGCUCGCUAGGGGCGGGAAGAGGGCGCUGCUCAGCAUCCCCGCCUCCCCGGCGCCCGCGCUCCCGGGCGCGCACCCGCCUGCCUGUCUCCUGCCGCCGUCACCGCCGCCGCCCGCACCAUGGCGACCUGCUCCUGGCUGCGGUGCCGCUGGGCCCCGCGCCUCCGCCCCCGCGCCGGCUGCCGGCGGCCCGUAGCCAGUUUGGUCCAGCUCCGCUGCUACGCCCGGGGGCUGGCCGGCCUCUCCGCCGGGCUGCUGCGUACCGACAGCUUCGUGGGCGGCCGCUGGCUCCCGGCCGCCGCCACCUUCCCGGUGCACGACCCUGCCAGCGGCGCCGCGCUGGGCUCGGUGGCCGACUGCGGGGUGCCCGAGGCCCGCGCCGCGGUGCGCGCCGCCUACGAAGCUUUCCGCAGCUGGAGGGGGGUCUCGGCCAAGGAGAGGAGUGCGCUCCUUCGGAACUGGUACGAUUUAAUGAUACAGAAUAAGGACGACCUUGCCAAAGUCAUCACCGCUGAGAGCGGGAAGCCACUGAAGGAGGCGCAGGGAGAAAUUCUCUACUCGGCCCAUUUCCUGGAGUGGUUUUCCGAGGAAGCCCGGCGCAUUUACGGCGACAUCAUCGCUACUCCCACCAAGGGGAGGCGGGCCCUGGUCCUCAAGCAGCCCAUAGGUGUGGCCGCGGUCAUCACACCGUGGAACUUCCCCAGCGCCAUGAUCACCCGCAAGGUGGGGGCCGCCCUGGCAGCUGGCUGCACUGUGGUGGUGAAACCUGCCGAGGACACGCCCUUCUCUGCCCUGGCCCUGGCCGAGCUUGCAAACCAGGCGGGAAUUCCUCCAGGCGUGUACAACGUCAUUCCCUGCUCUCGGAAUAAGGCCAAGGAAGUGGGGGAAGUUCUUUGCACUGACCCUCUGGUGUCCAAAAUCUCCUUUACUGGCUCGACCGCCACGGGAAAGAUCCUCCUGCGCCACGCAGCCAGCUCUGUGAAGAGGGUCUCCAUGGAGCUGGGCGGCCUUGCUCCCUUCAUUGUAUUUGACAGCGCCAACGUGGAGCAGGCUGUAGCAGGGGCCAUGGCAUCGAAAUUUAGGAACGCUGGCCAGACUUGCGUUUGCUCAAACCGAUUCCUGGUGCAGAGGGGGAUUCAUGAUUCCUUUGUGAGCAAAUUUGCUGAAGCAAUGAAGACAACUCUGCGUGUAGGGCAUGGAUUUGAGGAGGGAACCACGCAAGGCCCGCUAAUUAAUGAAAAAGCAGUAGAAAAGGUGGAGAAACAGGUGAAUGAUGCCGUUUCUAAGGGGGCCACCAUUGUGACAGGCGGGAAGCGGCACCACCUGGGGAGAAACUUCUUCGAGCCCACCCUGCUCAGCAGUGUCACCCAGGACAUGCUCUGCUCCCGGGAAGAGACUUUCGGGCCCCUGGCGCCAGUUAUCAAGUUUGAUACUGAAGAGGAGGCCAUAGCCAUCGCCAAUGCCACUGAUGUGGGGUUAGCAGGUUAUUUCUACUCUCAAGACCCAGCGCAGAUCUGGAGAGUGGCCGAGCAGCUGGAGGUGGGCAUGGUCGGCGUCAACGAAGGCCUCAUUUCCUCCGUGGAGUGCCCUUUCGGGGGGGUGAAGCAGUCUGGCCUCGGCCGGGAGGGCUCCAAGUACGGCAUUGACGAGUACCUGGAGGUCAAGUACGUGUGUCACGGGGGCUUGUAGGAGUCCUCGGUCCCCUGGAAAAUAAAGAGGGAGGCUUGCCCGCACGAACGGGGAGCUGCCACCUGUUUUGUGAAACCGUAGGUUCUCGGAAUGAUGACUUUUUUAGAACUCAUCCAGUCCCUGUAAUCUGAAGCAGAUGCAGAUCCUACCCCUGCCCUCUCCCAACAAGGGGCCGACGCACGCAGCGUGCCCACGGCUGGGCUCUCCAGGAUGGCCAGCACAGGGUUCCUAGAAAGACGCCCUGGGCCCGUGGCACCACCCCAUCCAUCUCUAGAGCAAGGGUUGGCCCCACAUGUGGGCCCUGGGGCUUUGAGAGACUCCCCGGGCACGGCUGAGGGCUGGGGCGGGGGCACGGCCAGCUCACCACUAAGGCUAGGCAGGGUGUGUGCAGAGGUGUCUCUGCAGGGGCUAAGUCAGGCUUUUGUUUAGCCACUUCUGAAAGAGCACAGAGCUGCUGUGGGGAGCGAAGCGGUGCCUCGCCCGGUUUCUGGACCACUCUUCCAUUUGAAGUCUUCAUCAUCCUAAAGUGUCUGCUUUGGAGUUCAUUGAGGGCCUGAGCGUAAUCAUAGAGAGCAGAAGUAGCCUGGUAGUAAGGCAGGCGCAGGGGGACCCUGCCUGGCCCCUUCCCUGGGCAGCCCUGUCACUGUGGUCCCACCACUCAGCACCUCCCACCCCAUGUGGGCGGUGACCAUCCUCCAUAGGCCUUAUUCAGCCUCAGAUGGGGAUCCUGUGUCGGGAAGGGAGCCAUCGUUGCUAUGAGCCGUGCCACCCAGAUGCCCUGCACACGUCAGCAGGGGCCUUGCCGCCGAGGGAAGCCAGGCCCACCUGCCCGCCGGCUGUAUGCGGCCUGCUGUGCACUGGGGGUGGAGCUGCCCCUUCACCUGUGCUCACCACAGCAGCCCCAAAAGGAAAAGGAUUUCCAUAAUUGCCAGUCCACCCUGCGGAAGGGGCAUGGAGCCUUGCAUUUCAGGCAGCGUUAAUCUAAAAUUUGUGGACAGUUCAGCAGGCAAACAACACACAAGACACAAAAACUCCAUGACAGUGUUGGCUCUUACUCUUAAAUAAAACCUCUAAGAAAGUCCGAGGCUCCUCCAGACAUGUCACCCAUGCCCACGGGGAUAAAGGCCGAUCCUGGCCACAGGGGCACAGAGGAAGCUCCCUCCUCUUCCCCAGUCUCAGUGUGUAGACCCCACUCUCAUUCCGUGGAUGUGCCACGUAGCGGGUGAAAGUAGUGCUGGUGGCCAGCGCCGCGGCUCACUAGGCUAAUCCUCCGCCUUGCGGUGCCGGCACACCGGGUUCUAGUCCCGGUCGGGGCGCCGGAUUCUGUCCCGGUUGCCCCUCUUCCAGGCCAGCUCUCUGCUGUGGCCAGGGAGUGCAGUGGAGGAUGGCCCAAGUGCUUGGGCCCUGCACCCCAUGGGAGACCAGGAAAAAGCACCUGGCUCCUGGCUCCUGCCAUCGGAUCAGCGCGGUGCGCCGGCCACAGCGCGCCGGCCGCGGCGGCCAUUGGAGGGUGAACCAACGGCAGAGGAAGACCUUUCUCUCUGUCUCUCUCUCACUGUCCGCUCUGCCUGUCAAAAAAAAAAAAAGAAAAAGAAAGUAGUGCUGGCUACAAUCACCCCUGAGCCCCACACAGCACUGAGCAGCCCUCCAUGAGCCACUGGGGAGCUGGCUGAGUAGCUGACGGCACACAGGGGCACCUCCAGGCUGGCGCUGGCUUCCCUGAGGCCUGGCUUACACCAGCUGAUCACCAAGGUCAAGGGAGAGGGGAGCAGACACCUGCCUGCUGGUGACACCACCCAGCACUGGCAGGGGUCCCAUCCCUGCCAUGAUGACACUCAAUUUCUAUUCUACUGGUGUCAUCCUUGGGUGGCUUUUAAUCUAAGUACUUGAAAUCUGGGUGUGUCCAUUUUCUUCUAUUAAGAAUACAGAAUUUCAGGCAUUAGUUUUUAAAGUCAGACAGCCAUGCUAAGCUGUGUAGAAGAUAUUUUUCAAACAUAUUUUUUGACUUUGGAACAGAGUCCUUACUUUGGUGACCAAUUUUAAGUUUUCCUGCAUAUUUUGUUUUCUAGAUAAAUUUAGGGCCAGAGGCUCAAGGCCAUAGCCUUGAUCAAUUCUGUAAUUAAAACUUGGAAAGGAAACAGCUUAUUGUUUAAUAAAAUGUUCCCCGGUGGUGGGAAGACAGAGAAGUGUUUUUAAGUUGAACUUUUUUGGUUAUUUUUCAAUAAGGUAACCAUUUGUGUUAGAUGGGAUUUACAUACACACACACACACACACACAAAAUGGAAAAGGAUCAUGAGACCAUGGUUUGACAACUACAUCACACACACAGGCCAGGUCUGACCUGCACCUGGUGUUGUCCAACACGAUAGCUAUGAACUGUGCUAUUUUCAAAUGGUUAGAAAAAGAACAAGACAGUGCUUUAUGAUACAUGAGAAUUCUAUGAAAUUCAGAUUCCAGGCUCCAUAAGUAAAACGGUAUUGGAAUACAGCCACACCCUGGGUCACACCAGCUGACCACCAAGGUCAAAGGCAGAAAUCCAGCACUAGUGACACUGCCCUUGGGUGACUGUCAGUCCAGGGAGGUGGAUUCGGGAGUGUCCAUCUUCUCACAUGACACUGCUUGGCAGAGUUGGACAAGAGCAGCAGUGUGGCCUGCAAAGCCUAAAAUAUUUACUGUUUGGCUCCUUAAAGGCAAAGUUUGCCAGCCUCCGGUCUAGACCAGGAGGGAGAGAGCAACCUGUCCACGACUGCUGGGCAGUACUUUGUGUCCUGAGCACCUGUGUAGCAACAGGGCUACCCUGGGGUCUCAGCAGGAACUGCUCAGCCAUCGCCACGCGACUCACAUCAAACCACCCAAACAACAAGUCUGUGGGCCUUAAAGAAGCGCUUUUCAAACUGGGUCCCGGCGAGACAGGGCUUAUGGAAAGCUGAUCUGCAUCUGUUUCCCGACCAUGUGAGUGUUUUUAAGUAGAUUUUACUUGAAGUGCUGUUUCUCUCUGUGUGUCUGCCUUCAUGCUUACGGUGAGACUCCGUGAAAACAAAGACGAGAAGCACAAUGUAAAUUACUGUCAGCCGACACUCUGAACCUGACAUUGUGCCACGUGACUUUUCUCUCUGAACGCUGGAUCCUAGUGUUUUACUUACCCAAGUGCGGCUAUAUUUGGUAGCAUUUUACUUGAAUAAAAUAAAUGCUGUGAUUGUUUCAUGCUAUACUUUGGGGGAUAAAACUUGGCAUAAGUGUAGCAGGAAACAUAGGAACACUUUGCUUUUUUAAGCAUGUGCACAUGACUUAUUUUUCUAGUUUUUGAUGGUCGUGUAUAUCAAUGUAUCAUCAGCAGAUCCUAUCUAUGUGUGUGUCAUUAAUAAACGAUCAAUUAACAGAAUUUCCUGUUCCUGGGUUAA